UGUCACUCAGCUUGGGCUGGGACCGCCCCAAGCCUUGAUUUAGUCGGGGCUGGGGCGUUCUCCAACCUCACUCGCCUGGCAGGCGGGAGAACGCUUGGGGAGUUGCGGCCGCGGGCACCAGGCUCGCGGCUAUCGGGAGUGGAGAGCAAGCGGGCAUCUCCUGGGCGCCGUCAUGGCUGCUUAGGCUGCGCCUGCCUGCGGAUCGCGGAUCCAGGAUCGGAGAUCUGACGGCGACGCCUGAGUCCUGAGUCCGGCUAGGGUAGGUUGUUCCUGCUUGAUUGGUUCAGAGUGCCAUCAGCUUCGGAAAUCAGCUGGCUGCCCCCUGUCCCAGCUUGUUGCCUGGGAGGCUGACCUAGGUUAGGAAACGCGGUUUCCUAGAUCUUGGCCUGCAACUGCUCUGGCCUACCUCUUGCCUCUUCUAGGUAUUUGCAUACGAGUCAGAGGAGUCAAUCUUGUUUCCUUGAAGAUAGACUCUCAUGGUUUAUGAUCCAUCUCUGUGAGAAGACUUUGUCUGUCUCUUCUCACAGGUUUGAGUCUUCAGACCUCUACAGAACUCCAUCAUAUCUGCCUCACAGCUGGCUUUCCUGCUCACGUAGAAGACACCCAGCUACUGUGCUGUGGAUCUCUCCCGGCUGCUAGGCUGUAGUGCUGCUUUUCUGGAGUCAGGCUGUAGUGACUCCCCACCUUCUUUCUGUCUGGGCUUAAAUGGCACAGCAGUUCCUCAGCACAUCUGAAGAAGAAAGUGUGAGAACCAAAGGCAAUGGCUCCAUUCCGCUGUCAAAAAUGUGGCAAGUCCUUCGUCACCCUGGAGAAGUUCACCAUUCACAAUUAUUCCCACUCCAGGGAGCGCCCAUUCAAGUGCUCGAAGGCUGAGUGUGGCAAAGCCUUCGUCUCCAAGUAUAAGCUGAUGAGACACAUGGCCACACACUCGCCACAGAAGAUUCACCAGUGUACUCACUGUGGGAAGACAUUCAACCGGAAGGAUCACCUGAAAAAUCACCUCCAGACCCACGAUCCCAACAAGAUCUCCUACGCGUGUGAGGAUUGCGGCAAGAAGUACCACACCAUGCUGGGCUACAAGAGGCACCUGGCCCUGCACUCGGCGAGCAACGGCGAUCUCACCUGUGGGGUGUGCACCCUGGAGCUGGGGAGCACCGAGGUCCUGCUGGACCACCUCAAGUCUCACGCGGAAGAAAAGGCCAACCAGGCACCCAGGGAGAAGAAAUACCAGUGCGACCACUGUGAUAGAUGCUUCUACACCCGGAAAGAUGUGCGUCGCCACCUGGUGGUCCACACAGGAUGCAAGGACUUCCUGUGUCAGUUCUGUGCCCAGAGAUUUGGGCGCAAAGACCACCUCACUCGUCACACCAAGAAGACCCACUCCCAGGAGCUGAUGCAAGAGAAUAUGCAGGCAGGAGAUUACCAGAGCAAUUUCCAACUCAUUGCGCCUUCGACUUCGUUCCAGAUAAAGGUUGAUCCCAUGCCUCCUUUCCAGCUAGGAGCGGUCCCCGAGAACGGGCUUGAUGGUGGCUUGCCACCUGAGGUUCAUGGUCUAGUGCUUGCUCCUCCAGAAGAAGCUCCCCAGCCCAUGCCGCCUUUGGAGCCUUUGGAGCCUUUGGAGCCUUUGGAGCCUUUGGAGCCUUUGGAGCCUUUGGAGCCUAUGCAGCCUUUGGAGCCUUUGCAGCCUUUGGAGCCUUUGCAACCUUUGGAGCCUCUGGAGCCUAUGCAGCCAAUGCUGCCAAUGCAGCCAAUGCAGCCAAUGCAGCCAAUGCAGCCAAUGCAGCCAAUGCUGCCAAUGCAGCCAAUGCAGCCAAUGCAGCCAAUGCAGCCAAUGCUGCCAAUGCCAGAGCCGUCUUUUACUCUGCACCCUGGCGUAGUUCCCACCUCUCCUCCCCCAAUUAUUCUUCAGGAGCAUAAGUAUAAUCCUGUUCCUACCUCAUAUGCCCCAUUUGUAGGCAUGCCCGUCAAAGCAGAUGGCAAGGCCUUUUGCAACGUGGGUUUCUUUGAGGAAUUUCCUCUGCAAGAGCCUCAGGCACCUCUCAAGUUCAACCCAUGUUUUGAGAUGCCUAUGGAGGGGUUUGGGAAAGUCACCCUGUCCAAAGAGCUGCUGGUAGAUGCUGUGAAUAUAGCCAUUCCUGCCUCUCUGGAGAUUUCCUCCCUAUUGGGGUUUUGGCAGCUCCCCCCUCCUACUCCCCAGAAUGGUUUUGUGAAUAGCACCAUCCCUGUGGGGCCUGGGGAGCCACUGCCCCAUAGGAUAACCUGUCUGGCGCAGCAGCAGCCACCACCACUACCGCCGCCACCACCGCUGCCACUGCCACAGCCACUGCCAGUGCCGCAGCCACUACCACAGCCACAGAUGCAGCCACAGUUUCAGUUGCAGAUCCAGCCCCAGAUGCAGCCCCAGAUGCAGCUACAGCCACUACAGCUGCAGCUACCACAGCUGCUGCCGCAACUGCAGCCUCAGCAGCAGCCUGAUCCUGAGCCAGAGCCAGAGCCGGAGCCAGAGCCGGAGCCAGAACCAGAGCCAGAGCCAGAGCCAGAGCCAGAGCCAGAACCAGAGCCAGAGCCAGAGCCAGAGGAAGAACAGGAAGAGGCAGAAGAAGAGGCAGAGGAAGGAGCAGAGGAAGGAGCAGAACCAGAGGCACAGGCAGAAGAAGAGGAAGAGGAAGAGGAAGAGGAAGAGGAAGCGGAAGAGCCACAUCCAGAAGAAGCCCAAAUAGCAGUGAGUGCUGUGAAUCUGGGCCAGCCUCCCCUACCCCCAACUCCCCAUAUUUUCACAGCUGGCUCCAACACUGCUAUCCUGCCCCAUUUCCAUCACGCAUUUAGAUAAAUUGGUUUUUAAGAGGGUGCUUCUCUUGUGGAAGAUAUUUUAAACAUCAGUUACAGUUUGAAGAGAAGCAUUGGAAAACAGGAAUGGGGUUUUAGCUUAUUUGUCAUAAGUAGCUUGAGAAAAAGAAUUCUCUAACUGCAUGCGUUGUGCCAAUAUAUACCCUUAGUAUUCAUACUUCCUACCAAAUUUAGUGUGUGUGCAUUCUGUAAUCAAACUGCAAAUAUUAUCAUAUUAUCCUAUUAUUACCCUUGUAUUAUUACCCUCAUAUUAUUACCCUCAUAUUAUCCUCAUAUUAUUAUCCUCAUUAUCUUAUAAUCACGUGAUUACGUGAUAAGAUCCAAAACAUGAGCUGCUAUUUUGUAAAUAUCGUGUUGAGUGUAAGCUGUUGUAGUGAUGUUAGCUAUGUAACUGUGUGUAGCCUAGGAAGGAGAUGAUGGUAAAGUUUGGAAUUCUCCAACUUGGAAGGUGUUUUUAAGAGAAGGGGGUAAUCUUUGUAUGGCGUUUAUAACUAGGCUGUGUGUUUCUUUUCAGGGACUCGUCUAUAAGAAAUGGACAGUUUAGAUACUCUUCUUGUUAGUUCUCUGUAGUUUAUUCUUCUUGUUGCUGAUUGUGUAGCUUUAUAGAGUGUGAAGCUAUCGAUGUCUCCAUUUUUUAAAGUGAAUUUAAAUGUACUGUUCAAUAUUUUUCAUGUGUUGUUCCAAUGUGAGUUACGACUUCAUUUAUCUUAAAGACAAAACUGGUUGUCAGUCAUACCUGACAGAAGAAAGAAAUCACUGUGUAACCAAGUCAAGUGGCCAACUAAUUGAAAGAAGAAUCAAUCAAACGUGUUCCGUGGACUGUGAUACUCAUUAUGUUUUUUUAACAGGAAUUUAAGAAAAUGUACUGGAAUUUUAAAAAAGCAUAAGUAUAUUAGAUAAGAAUUUUCUUUGCCUAGCUUAACCUACUACUUAUGCUGCUUAAGUUCUGAAGUAUUGUUUGUAAUCACCAAUAGAAAAGUGUAUCGGUAGAUGAUCAGUUUAAGUCGUUGUUAGUUUGUAUCCCGAGAGGAUUGUGUUUUGCAGUGUAACCGGACUUGUAAUCUCCCUUGAUACCUUGUUAAUCGAUUUUGAAAGUGUAAAACCUAACCUUUGAAGACUCUGUAUUUCCUUCUUGAGACUGUAUUCCCCAGGAUUUAUCUCCUAUCCUUUGUAGACUCUGUAUUUCGUUUUUAAGACCGUCUUUCCCAACAUAUAUCUGCUAACCUUUGAUGCCUCUGUAUUUCGUUUUUGAGACUGUAUUCCCUAGCAUAUAUCUCCUAACCUUUGAAGACACUGCAUUUUGUUUUUGAGACGGAAUUCAACAGCAUAUAUCUCCUAACCUUUGAGGACUCCAUAUUUCGUUUUUGAGACUGUAUUCCCCAGCAUAUAUCUCUUAACCUUUGAUGACUCUGUAUUUUGUUUUUGAGACUGUAUUCCCCAGCAUAUAUCUCCUAACCUUUGAGGACUCCAUAUUUUGUUUUUGAGAUUGUAUUCCCCAGCAUAUAUCUCUUAACCUUUGAUGCCUCUGUAUUUCGUUUUUGAGACUGUAUUCCCCAGCAUAUAUCUCCUAACCUUUGAUGACUCCAUAUUUUGUUUUUGAGACUGUAUUCCCCAGCA